AUGAGUGGAACAAUCGCCUGGACCACGCUGUCCAGCAUGUACAUCAACUCAUUCAUCGAAUACUUGAAUCAUUCCAAAACGAUCGGCGGCAUCAUUUUCGAGCAAAGCCUCAAUGUGCACAAUCUGUUCAAUUUGACGCUGAAUCUGGUGCAGGAUCUGGGCCAGUAUCGCAGGCCCUCAAACCCAUUGGCCGAACAGUACCUGACCGAUCCGAUUUGCCAGACAAUCGACGAUGUGCGAGCCUAUGAAACCAAAGCGAGCGAUCAUAUCUUUGAGGUGACGCUCGUCAGUAAGAGUGUGACGAUCUUCGAGUGGCCUAAGGAGCUGGACGCGGAAAAGUUCGUCAAUCGACUCAAUAAGUAUGUGCAAUUCUAUCAACAGAAGGCUCAGUGUGAGAUUGAGAACUUAGACAGGACUCAUUUUGAAUGGCUGCGAAGCUGGAACGAAACUUAUGAAGAAUUUGCGGUUUUCGUGGUGAAAUUUUUCAAAAAUGGCCUGGCCUGGUCGGGCUCUUCCGUCCUCGCGCUCCAUCAAGUCCUGGGCGAUUCGCAGAUUAAUCCAGAAAUGAGCAACAUUGAGCCAAUCGAAAACAGCUUGAUCCAAAGCGAGAGUACACUCAAAAUCUUCUCCAAAAAGGAGAAGAAGUGGCUGAUCCAGAACCAGCAGAAUAGCCACAGGGACCUGGUGGUCAAUACAGCUAAAAAGGACGACGCGAUUUCGAUCUACAGCUGCGAAGACUGCACUGUAGUCGCCGAAAACAUUGUAGAUUCAAUCAGCUUGGAACUCUGCAAGAGAGUGACGGUGCUAUUGAGGAACGCAGCAAAAGUUGCAGUCAGUGCUUGCACCGGCUGCAACUUGCAUUGUUUUGAAAUGGUCCAGGACUUGGAGCUGAUUUCCUGCGAGAAUUGCGGGAUUUAUUUGUCGGAUAAAUCUCUGGAUUGUGCGAUUAUUACCACGAAAUGCUCAGGGAUACACGUUAAUUUCCCGUUCGAGGACGGGCUGUAUCAGAGUUUUAUGAUACCCGAUGAGCUGAAGACAAAAAUCUUGGGCAACAGGGGAAUUGAAACUGUUGUUAGGCUAUAA